GUGAAUGGUCUCUGGCAAGUACAGCAGAGCCAACGACAGAAGCAAUCCAGUGUUGGAUUAGUCUACUUGCCAUUCAUGUAGCUGUUGUUACACGGUUGACCCGCUUGCCCUGAAAAGUCUGCCUUGUUUCCCGCCUAAUUUUUCCAUUUCCCUUUUUUUUUUUCGGGUUGUAAAAAUCCGCCUCUUUUUGGGUGGAGGUCGCUUCUUCUUUCACUUCAUCUAAUAGAAUGGCCGCCGACUCAAAGCCUUAUGAUGGACCGCUACUGAUAUCAGCACCUGGCAAAGUAAUUCUGUUUGGAGAACAUGCUGUUGUCUACAAAAAGACCGCUAUUGCCGCCUCACUGGGUUUGCGUUCUUACUUGUAUCUAGAGAACCGAAGCGACAAUGUCAUCCAUCUUGAACUCCCUGAUGUUGGCCUAAGCCGUAGUUGGAAUCUGCAUGACCUGCCACAACCACUUCCAUAUGCAGGCAGUGCCGAUGAUUCUCAUCACCCACUGGACAUGCCAGCUGAACUGAAGCAACAGUUAAUGUCGCUCAUCAUUGGCGAUGACUAUGACAAAAACCCGGCCAAGGAGCAAGCAGCGCUAGCCUUUCUAUACCUUUAUAUCAGUCUAGUGACACCUGGCGAUGUGCGAGGACUGUCCGUCUCUGUCAAAUCGACGUUACCGGUUGGAGCAGGCCUUGGCAGUUCAGCAGGAUUUGCAGUCGUGCUUGCAACGGCUUUGUUGAUCCAUUUCGGUCAUAUUGUGGUGCCUACGAAAACAGUGGCUGAAGACCAGGUUCAAGACAGGUCAGAAGAAAGAGAACAGGCUUUGAGUCAAGUUAACCGAUGGGCCUUUAAAGCCGAACAAGUCAUUCACGGUAACCCCAGUGGCGUAGAUAACGCAGUUGCUAGCUAUGGAGGUGCGAAAAGGUAUACGAAAGGAGAAGGAUUUGCAAGUUUGCGCGGCUUUAAAUCGCUUCGUUUGCUGUUGACCAAUACAACUGUGCCUCGAUCCACUGCAGUGCUAGUCGCGGGUGUAGGAGACAAGUGUAGAAACUUUCCCAAUGUUAUGAAUCCCAUCAUGGAUGCCGUUCAAGCCAUAUCAGAUGAUUGCGCCAGCUUGUUUGAACGCCAUGCUGAUGGUGAAGUUAGUAAGGAACAAGUGGUUACUCGCAUUGAGGAUCUAUUCGAUUUGAAUCACUGUUUACUUUCUGCCAUGGGCGUCAGUCAUCCAAGCCUCGAGCAAGUCAGAAAUAUAACUCGUCAACACGGACUAAGAACCAAGUUAACGGGAGCUGGCGGAGGUGGCUGUGCUGUGACCAUUCUUCGUGAUGGUGAGUUUGCCAAGAGUGUUGGCUUCUUUUACCUUUCUUCGGCUAACCCUUUAACUCUUCAGAUACCCCACAAGAAACGGUUGAUGCCAUCAUUUCAGAUUUGACCUUGGCUGGAUUCCACUGCUACGAAACGUCGGUUGGAGGACCCGGAGUUGGCAUCAGUCUGUUGAAGAAUAAUGAAUGGAACGCAACGACUCUCUGUAAAGCAACUAGAAGUGAAUUAGAAGCUGUAUCAGAC